UCCGCAGCAGAGGAGAACGACAAAUUGCUUGCAGAAUUGUAGCAAGGUCUUCUCUGCUACAAGUAUCCUGAACGCUCUGCUGGCACAAAGGAUCUCGUGCGACUCUUCCGUGCAUUCUAACUCCACUUGCUUGUCAGUCUUCUUUGGCCACUCUCCGAAACAAAGCUCUUGCAUCAGACAACGACAGCACCACGCGCAAAGAAACAUCCCCCGCGAGCGAAGAGGCAGAGGUCAACGACAAGGACUGCAUUGAUACUGUUCCUUGCAGCAAAGAACUUUCGGUCCGGUUGUCGGUACGGCGCAGUAGACAAAGUGCGUCCUGCAGCGGAUAGUUGCACAAGGUACUGAUUCCAUCUUCUUGCUUCCUUGAGGUGUUCAUGCGCGCGCACACGCAAGACAAACCGCCGGAACGCAACCAUGGCUAUGGCAAUCCAUGCUCACGAAACAUACAGGCAAUAUCUUGGUUCCGGCCUUGAUAGACAUUGGUUCCUUCGCUCAGGAGCUUUUCACAGACAAGUCUCACGAUCUCACCGCCACCGCCACCGGCUGCUCCGACGAUGACAUCCACUGCUGUUAUGCAUCCCGGCUCUCAAGAGCAAGUGGACAGCAAGCUACGCGACGAGCUUGAAAAGUUCAACUCCCAGUAUGCUCAGCAGCCUACACAAUCCACAGAGCGAUUCCCAACAUUCGAAGACAACGCCAGUGGCUUAGAUAUCUACGAUGGCUUCGACGGUGCCUACUCCAACGACCAUUCCUAUGCACAUGAUCCGCCCACUCCUCGAUCCAACACUGCAAGUGAAGGCGUACGCACACGUAGUGGUCGAUCUACCAGAACCAGGACCGACUCUCCUUUCAGCACAAGCAAGUCCCGCGUAUCCAAGUCUCCCGCGCCGCGUAAGAAGGAAAAGAAGAGCAAGCUCGACAAGUCCAAGAUGCCAAAGCUUACAGCACCAUUGUCCAUACUGACCAAGGACAUGGACGUACCGCUGAAAGACACCGCAGCAUUUGUGAACCGCAGCGUCGAAGAGAGGAUGAAAGAAGUCUCUGACCACAACGGCUACAUCAAACGUCCACAAAACUCCUUCAUUCUCUACAGAUCUGCGUAUGCCGACCGAUGCAAGAAGUGGUGUGAGCUCAACAAUCACCAAAUUGUGUCUUCUGUGGCUGGAGAGUCGUGGCCAAUGGAGCCAGACGAGGUCCGCAAUCAGUUUGACGAGUGGGCAAAGCUGGAACGUCAACAUCACCAGGAGGCACAUCCGAAAUACAAGUUUUCGCCGAGCAAGUCUUCCAACAAGCGUCGCAAGGGCGAAGCAACCGACGACGAGGAGGAGCUCAGCGACCUGGAAGAUCGCGAUCCAGAUGGAGAGUAUCGUGGCGGUCGCCAAGUGCGACAGCGACGACAAGAUCCCAAUGCGGCGUACUUGCCCAGCAACGUCGGCUUCAGUUCUCAUCCAUACUACGACCAGAAUGCGGGUGCAUACGAGCAGUACUACGCCCACACUGGCCGUCCUCUCCCAUCCAACGUCGCUUACGAUCAGGCCACUGGUCAGCCAUACAACACUCAAACUCACACCUGGAUCCAGGCCUCACCGCAGCAACAAUACGCACAAAAUCCAUACAUGUACCAAGAGAUGCAUGCCGCACCUCGCGUACCUACCCCAGCCUCUCUCAACGGUCAGCAAUCCACCAUGGGAAGUCUAGGCUUACCCGGAGGAGGCUCAGGAUCCGAAGAGUUUUUCAGCACCUCCAGAACCAGCACACCUCAGCACUACAACCAGCAACAGUACAACGCGAGCAUGUACGGACAGUCUGUCUACCCACAAUAUCAAGGGCAGUACCAGUACCAAGUAGCGCCAUCGACAAGUGCUACUCCACAACCUGGCACAGCGCAAUACGAACAUGCUCAAUAUCUCUCGCAACAUCAAGAUGUUGUUGACCCUAGUUUGCAAGGCUUUCAAUUGGAUGCUGCUGCUGCAGGUGAAAACGCCGACGAGUCUCAUUUCGAUAAUGCUCUCGGCGAUUUGCAUGGUGUUGAGAUGGGUGGUCUGCCGAUUGCGGACUACUACGCACAGAACUCGACGAGUCCUGUGGAUGGUAAUGCGACUCUGGCGCCGACGUGGAACGUUGCUCAGGAGAUGAGAUGAUUGGUGGCGAGCAAGGCAGAUGAAAAGAGAUGGCAUGACAGGAUAAGAGGCUCAACUCAGGACCAAACACCAACAGAUGAGCGAGCGACAUGUGCAGCGCCGACCAGUGCUGUGUUGGUGGAGCUAUAGAUACACGAGGCGCGAUGUUCGAGACGUAUACUUGGUAUUCUUGUUCAAAGUUAGCUGCUUGAUAGCGCACUCUCGUAGUUGAAUACCAUGAUUUAUUUU